AUGGCUAACAUGGCUGGGAUGAACCCCAUGCCAGGUGGCCCUGUAGGUGGCGUCCCCAUGAUGAACAGUGCAUCGACCGCUCCCCGCACAGAGUCUCUGGAAUCUGUCUAUAUACAACUCAACACAUGUAUCUACGACUACUUUAUCAAGCGCGGUCAAUACGACGCCGCUCGCGUUCUUUUAAACGACGAAAGCGUCAAACUGGAUACCGACGCCGACCCCAAAACUAGCCCCGGCCAUGUGAAUGGUGUGGAUGGGGAUACGUCGAUGACCGACUCGAAAGAUGAAAAAUUAAAAAUUCCUGAUGAGUUCCCCCGACCUCGUGUCCCCGUGGACAGCGCGAAUUCUUUCUUGUUUGAAUGGUUCAGCCUAUUUUGGGAUAUCUUUGGGGCACAGCGUAGGAGAGGGAACUAUAACCCAAUGGCUCACCAAUUCGUUCAGCAAUCACAGAACUUGAUGCGCAUGCGAGAACAAGCCAAUCAAAAUUUUCUUCGCCAGCCCAAUAUGCUGAUGCAAAACCAGAUGGCUAAUAUGCGACGCAAUGGAGUUCAGGGUAUGAAUUUGCAAAAGACGGUUUUACAGAACAACACAACAAUGAACCCUCAACAAAUGGCUCAACUGCAACUGCAAAGUAAAAUGCAGCGUGAGCACUCGGAUAUGGAUAUCAACGGCCACCGCGCACAAUCGCCAUCGUCGGCUGAGAACGCCCCGUCUCCGUCGAAACGACCGCGACUCGAAGGCGCUCAACCGGCUGGACAGCAAAUGGUCCCCAACGGCCGAGCACCGGGCCAGAUGCCGGGUCAGAUGAAUUUGAUGCAGAAUGGGAUCAAUGCGAGGGGGAUGAAUACAACGCAAUUCCAAGCGUUCCAGCAACAAGCUGGCCAGACUGCAGCGCAGCAGCAAAAAUCCAUGCAGGUAUAUGCCCAGAACUUGCUCCUUCAUCACUCGAGCUCAGCAAUGAAUAACCAGGGGAUACCGAACGGACUGAUGAACAACGGAUUCAUGCCGAAUCAAACUGAUAUGAUGCCGCAACUAUCGGAUGGGCAGACCGUACCCAUGAUUAACGGACAAUUUCUCACCGCCGACAUGGCGGGAAUGCCUCGACCGGGAAUGCCAGGGACUAACCAGAGCGGAAACCAUGCUCUUCAAGAUUACCAGAUGCAAUUGAUGCUGCUAGAACAGCAGAACAAGCGCCGUUUGAUGAUGGCUCGUCAAGAGCAGAAUAACAUGCAUCCCGACGGUCAGCCCAUGGCUGGCCAGCCCGGUCUACCUCCAGGUACCUCGCCGCAAGGCAGCAGGACUGGAGCGUCUCCGAAUCCGAGUGAGCAAAUGAAACGGGGAACCCCGAAGAUGCCUCAAACCGGUCUCCCGGCUUCGCCCGGUGCUGGUGACAUACAGGGCCGUGCAUCUCCAGCUGCAAUGAACUUUGCUACUGGCCAGAUGACUCCGGACAUGAAUAAUGCAUUCUACAACAUGAAGCCUGAUGGCAUGGUAGGCGGGCCUAAUGGUAUGCGACCGCCGACAUCGAAUCAAACACCAUUCAAUCCACAGAUGAACCAAGCUAUGCAACAAGGACCGAACGCUCGGAUGCCAGGUGCUAAUUGGCCGACAGGUCCACAAGGACCGCCCAUGGUUGCGCAGCAGUCUCCUGCAACACAAGCAGCCCCAACUCCACAGGAGCGAAAUGCCAUGCCGCCGCCGUCUGCGCCGCCAGCAGGUAACAAACCACCGUCUCCUCAGCAGGGAGCAGCGCCGCCGACACCACAGCAAGCGAACAAGCCGGCUCCUAAGGGCAAGAAGGACACUGAGAAGAAUCGGAAGCGUCCCAACAAGAAGAACGCAGCAGCGGCCAAUGCCAAUACUGCAGCAACGCCGUCGUCUGAGGCGGAACCUCCACCAACACCCACGCCAUCAACACCUAUCACGCCGCAGCAUCCGAGUUCGUUCAACAAGAACGGAAUCAAUGCAACGACGACAGCACAGCAGCCACAGCCUACAUCAGCGCCUGCACCACCUAUUGUACAGCAACCCGAUCCUAAUGUUGGAAACUUUAACGAACUGGCAAUACCUGAUACAUCGAGCUUUAACCUCGACUUUGGCUCACUCGAAACCCCCGAACUUUUGGAAAACUUUGACUUUGACUCCUUCCUCAAUACCGACGCCGACGCAACAGGUUUUGGGUUUGAUCCCAGUAAUCUAACCUAUCCUACCGAUGGAGUAGAAACGGCGUCAGCAAUGUCAGAGCAAAUGGGAAUGAGCGAAAGCUGA